UUCUCCACAGUUUUAUGGGAAAAGCAGAAAAUGAACAAAUCCCAGGAGGUGGUCUCAUUUGUGGACGUGGCCGUGAACUUCACCCGGGAAGAGUGGCAGCAGCUCGACUGGGAGGAGAAGCUGAUCUACAGAGACGUGAUGCUGGAGAACUACAGUCACCUGAGCUCGCUGGGACUUGAUCUUACCAAACCAGACGUGAUCAUCAAGUUGGAGCAGGGAGAAGAGCCAUGGGUGGCAGAAGGUGAAUUCCCAUGUCCAGACAUCAUCCAGAUGUCUAUCAGCAAUGUCUACCAGAGAUCGCGUGUGGAAAUAAAGCCCUAUGAAUGCCGUGAAUGUGGAAAAUCCUUCUGUAAAAAGUCAAAAUUUAUCAUACACCAAAGGGCUCACACAGGGGAGAAACCUUACACGUGCAACGUGUGUGGGAAAUCCUUUAGCCAGAAAGGAACCCUUACUGUGCACCGGAGGUCACACUUGGAGGAGAAACCCUAUAAAUGUGACGAAUGUGGGAAAACGUUCUGCCAGAAGUUACACCUCACUCAACAUCGGAGAACUCACUCAGGAGAGAAGCCCUACGAAUGCAGUGAGUGUGGGAAAACCUUUUGCCAAAAGACACAUCUCACUCUGCACCAGAGGAACCAUUCGGGAGAGCGACCCUACCCGUGCAGCGAGUGUGGGAAGUCCUUCUCCCGCAGGUCGGCGCUCAGCGAUCACCAGAGGACACACACGGGGGAGAAGUUGUACCAGUGCACAGACUGCGGCAAGUCCUACUACCGCAAGUCCACGCUGAUCACGCACCAGCGGACACACACAGGGGAGAAGCCGUACCAGUGCAGCGAGUGUGGCAAGUCCUUCUCCCGGGUGUCGUACCUCACCACCCAUUACAGAAGCCACCUGGAAGAGAAGCCCUACGAGUGCCAGGAAUGCGGCAAGACCUUCAACCUGAACUCGGCCUUCAUCAGGCACCGGAAGGUGCACGCAGAGGAGAAGCCCUUCAGCUGUGAUGAGUGUGGGAAGACCUUCUCCCAUAACUCCUCCCUCUUCAGGCACCAGAGAGUCCACACGGGAGAGAAACCUUUCGAGUGUUUUGAAUGCGGGAAGUUCUUCUCUCAGAAGUCUUACCUCACUAUCCACCGUCGCAUCCAUUCAGGAGAGAAACCAUACGAAUGUAGCAAGUGCGGCAAAGUGUUCUCCCGCAUGUCAAACCUCACUGUUCACUACAGAAGCCACUCCGGAGAGAAGCCCUACGAGUGCAAUGAGUGUGGCAAGGUCUUCUCCCAGAAGUCCUACCUCACUGUCCAUUACAGAACUCAUUCCGGAGAGAAGCCCUAUGAAUGUAGUGACUGUGGGAAGAAAUUCCACCACCGGUCAGCCUUCAAUAGCCAUCAGAGAAUCCACAGGAGAGGAGGCACCAGGGGAGCUCUUGAUGUGGAAAAUCUCCUCUGA